GUUUCGACUUGCCUGGGAGGGACUCGGAGCAGCAGGUGAUGGAGUAGGAGGAGGAGAAGGAGGUCCAGAAGGAAUUCAAAUCGAGAUGGGAGUGUCUGGAUGAGGGCACUGCAGGCAAACAACAAGAUGUGGAAGUGAUAACCUGGGUAAAGGGGGAAGUGUUCUGCGUUGGUUGAACAAUGUUGGAACUUGUAAGCUUGGUAGCCUAUUUACAUGUAAGCUUUGCAUAAGGGUGGCGAUAUGUCUGGUUUAACCUUCGCUGUUACAACAAUUUAUUUUCACCUUGGGCAUUCUAGCUGCUAUUUGAUGUCAUCUUUAAAUAUUCAGACUUGGAAAGAGUUUUAUCCAUUUCUUCACAAUUAUCAGAUUAGAUCAUCACAUCCUCAAUAUGGCAAGCCGCACACGAAGAUACACUAUCCUAUUCAUGUCGGGAAUAAUGUGCAUCCUUGUGCUGUAUCAAACUGAUACAAUGGACAAACGGUUGUGGACUUCCUUCACUGAGAGUUCUUCUCAGUUGUGGUACUCGCUCCGGCUUGAGGGCUUGCGUCCGUGCACGUGCAAUAGAUGUGCAAUGCAUGAUGACGAUCCAUGGUUUACGAAACGCUUCAAAGCAUCUCUCAAUCCCUUUUUGACGCAGGACAACGCUCUCUCAGAGCAUGAUUACAGAUGGUGGAAGACCUUGCCAUUUGGCAAUAAGCCCUUUCUCAGCUACAGAGUGGCCGAGCUGAAGGUGUUUGAGAUUUUCCCAGAACAGGAGAGCUUCAUGGACUCCAGCCCUGAUCGCUGCAGGACCUGUGCUGUGGUUGGGAAUUCAGUUAAUUUGCUGGGGUCUCACUAUGGACCCCUCAUUGACUUUCAUGAUGUCAUCAUGAGGUUCAACACAGCUCGUAUUGUGGGCUACGAAGGGGACGUCGGGAACAAAACGACUCUCCACAUCAUGUACCCAGAGAGCUCUGUGGAUUUGGAUGACCAAACACAUCUCAUGCUAUUUCCCUUCAAAAUAAGGGACCUUGAGUGGCUGGUCAGCGCUUUCACCACAAAAUCUGUGAAAAGCACAUACAAACAGGUGAAAUCAACAGUCAAAGCGAAUCAGGGUUUGGUAAAGGUUCUCCAUCCUGGAUUUAUCCAAUAUGUCCAUGAAAACUGGCUGGAAAAAAAAGGAAAGUAUCCAUCCACUGGCUUCAUGGGUGUGGUGCUUGCAAUGCACAUUUGUGAUGAGGUCAAUGUAUUUGGAUUUGGAGCAGACAAGGAUGGAAACUGGAACCACUACUGGGAGUCGUUUGGAAGCCAUUUUGGAACUGGACAGCAUGGUGGAGGGCAAGAGUACAAACUUAUUCUGCAACUUGCUGAAAGGCAAAAACUGAACUUCUAUAAAGGGUUUUGAAUGUUUUCUGUCCCUCUUACAAAAUGGUCAUGGUAGUAGUGGACCCUGACCUUAAACAUUUACUGCCAACCUCACAUCUUUCUUUCUUUUUUUUAGACUCCACUAGUAAGGGGUGUGAUGAUUUGAGAUCAAACAUUGACACAGCUCUGUGGUAAAGCUUUGUUAUCACUUGUUAAGCAGUUUUCCCAAACUGUGGAGUGAGCUUGAGACCUGGGGUCUCUUAUGGCCCUGACACACCAUUCCGACUGCCGAUCGCCGAUUCAACAUGUGCAAUCGGCUGAAAACAACCCAGACGGGCUGGAAAAGAUCACCGACGGCUUUGACGACAGCCGAUAGCACAGCACACACCAAACAGACUCAGGUAACCGAGCUCGCCUUACUGGCCGGCGACGACCGAUAAUCUGGUUGGUGUGUCAGGGCCUUUAUUUAAAAGAGGGCCUCAAGGACAAUUUCAUGGCUUCAGAUCUACAAGAAGUCAUGCAAAAGACGUUGAGAGGAUAGUGUAAACUACACUGUUUACUAGGGUUAGGGGGGCCUGGUGGAUCUCUUCUCUCUGGAGUCUCUCUUUCUUGGGCGCUGUCUUUCCCUCCUCUAGCUGACAAAUAAGACUCUCUAGGAGAGCUCUACUUUAUAUUUUUUAAAACAGGUUUUGAA